CAAAUUGGACCAAAUAGCUGCUGCAGCUUAGGACUUCCUCAGUAGGAACUCAUCUAGCAACAUCUCGAGGAAGAAUGCCGCCACGUAGAGGUGCACGCCGAGGAGGUGGCAGGGGAGGCAGAGGAGCCGGUCGUGGCCAACCGGCGGAGCAACCUGCCGCGCCGCCAGUCAACCCCGACGUACCAGUCAACCCUAAUGCACCGGUCACUCAGGCGGAUCUCGCCGCAAUGGAGCAGCGUUACCAGGCCAUGCUGCAAGCUGCUCUAGCGCCGUUCCUCGCUGCUCAGCAGAACCAGGCCGCCCCUGUUCAGGACCAGCCUGUAGUCCCUCCAGCCCCUGUUCAGGACCAGCCCGUCAUCCCUCCAGCCCCGGUGGAAGCUCAGCCGGUGCCAGUACAACUGUCAGCUGAGGCCAAGCACUUGAGGGAUUUUAGGAAGUACAACCCGAAGACUUUCGACGGAUCCUUGGACAACCCCUUUAGAGCCCAGCUGUGGUUGACAUCCAUAGAGACGAUCUUCAGGUACAUGAAGUGCCCAGAAGACCAGAAGGUGCAGUGUGCAGCUUUCUGUUUGGAGGAUAGGGGGACUGCCUGGUGGGAGACUGCUGAGAGGGCGCUGGGAGGAGAUGCCAGCAAGAUCACAUGGGAGCAGUUCAAGGAGAACUUCUAUGCUAAGUUUUUCUCCGCCAAUGUGAAGCACGCCAAGCUGCAAGAGUUCCUAAACUUGGAGCAAGGCGACAUGACGGUGGAGCAGUACGACGCCGAGUUCGAUAUGCUGUCCCGCUUUGCUCCCGAUAUGGUAAGAGAUGAGGCCGCCAGGACUGAGAGAUUUGUUAAUGGCCUCAGGUUAGACCUCCAGGGUUUUGUACGAGCUCUUCGACCAACCACUCAUGCGGAUGCUCUACGCAUAGCACUGGAUCUGAGCCUGCAUGAGAGAGCUGGUCAAUCUAAGGUUGUCGGCACAGGGUCAGCCUCGGGACAGAAGAGGAAGGCGGAGGCGCGGCCCGACGUAGUACCACAGCAGACUCCGAGGUCAGGAGGUGUCUUCCAGAGACACCGUCGGGAGCUGGCAGCAGCUGGGAGAACUUUGAGAGAGCUACCCACUUGUACUACCUGUGGGAAGGUCCAUGGAGGACAAUGUUUAGCUGGGAGUGGAGUCUGCUUCAGGUGCAGGCAGCCGGGGCACACUGCUGAUGCGUGUCCUCGGAAACCCUUAGAGACGACGCCACGUCAGCCUUCUGCUCCCCAGCAGGGGAGAGUCUUUGCCACGAACCGGCAGGAGGCCGAGCGAGCUAGUACGGUGGUGACAGGUAGAGGACGAGGUAAGGGCAAAGGCAAGCUGGCGAGCGACGUGAAGUGACCGUGGCGAGCCAUAGGGGUUUUCCUGCUUCCGCACAUGUUUUACUUUACAGUUAAAUUCAUGUUUCGGCUUUCUGCAUAUUUACUUUGGUUAUUUUUGUAGAUAGGGCCCGCUUAGGGAUUUUAAACUUAACUCGUAUUUCUACAUGUUACUUUAACUAUCUUUCAUAAAUAAAUUUGCUAGAUUUCUUUGCAUUUAUUUACACCA